AGUCUGUAGCAAUUAGUGUUCAGUACUGCAGGCAUGAGCAGAGAGAGGAACACGUUGGAGGUAGGGAGGGUGAUCGGCGAUGUUCUUGAGCCCUUCAUUAGGCGAGUCACUUUCCGGGUGAACUACGGAAGGAAAGAGGUCACCAACGGAUGCGAAUUCAAGCCGUUCGAGGUGGCCAAUCAGCCAAGGAUUGACAUCGGUGGCGAUGACCUCAGAACCUUUUACACACUCGUGAUGGUAGACCCUGAUGCUCCGAGCCCUAGCGAUCCACGCCUGAAGGAGUACCUCCACUGGCUGGUAACUGACAUCCCUGGCACCACAGGAGCAACCUUUGGAAGAGAGUUGGUGUGUUACGAGUCUCCACGGCCAACAAUGGGGAUCCAUCGGAUGGUGUUCGUGUUGUUCCAGCAACUGGGUCGCGAGACGGUGUACGCGCCGGGCUGGCGUCAAAACUUCACCACCAAGGACUUCGCCCAGACGUACAACCUCGGCCUGCCGGUGGCCGCUGUUUACUUCAACUGCCAGAGGGAGUCCGGCUGCGGCGGGCGGAGGAUGUACCCGUAGUGUGUGUGUACAUAUAUAUAUCUAUAGCCCUACAGGGCUGCCGGGGACCGUGCCCCUCAGGCGCGGAGCAUGUAGUUGAUAAAUCAUAGAAUAGAUAAAGCUCGAGAGCGAGUGCAUGUAGUUGCACUAAUGUUAAUUAACACAGGCAUAGCUAAGACAUAUGUACAGACUGUAA